UUUAAUUUAAAUUGGAGGAGCAGAUUCCUUUGUGGCAUCCGAGAGAAGUGCGGCUCCUUGUCCUUCCUCCCUACCAAGAGUUUCCUGGGUCUCCCCCGAAGCCAAGAUGAAAGUCUUCUUCAGCCUGAUCGUCUUCUCUCUCGUGCUGGUUACAUGUCAAGCAUGCUAUGUGGUUGCCUUUGAGAAUCGGGCUCCACCUGGUGAAUAUGUGCCACCAAACGUAUGUCUUGAUGAGUAUGAUCGGAAAAUGCAUCUCAUUGGGUCCCUUUGGAUCGCAGCGGAUUGUUAUAGGUGCCACUGUGGUAGAAAUGGAAUGUUCUGCUGCCACGGAGAAGUUAAAAAGAUUCCAGGGUGCAAAGCAGUGCAAAAUGAUGUGACAUGUCAAUACGAAUACUAUAAACUUGAUGACCCAACGCAGCGCUGUGAUGUCUGAUCUCUUUGCGUGGACAAACUGGAAUGAAUCUCUCAUGUGUAAAUGAACCUGAAUAAACCUCUCACAUCAGUUUUUGGGGAAAUGUCAUAAACUGUGACCAAGAGAUGCUGCAAAUGGCAAUGAAUGUUGCCAAGUUUGGAAAACUUUGGUCUAUACGAAUAUAUAUAUAAAGAUAAAAUACUUCUUAUGACUAUGCAAAGCUAUGUACCAUACAAAAUUGCCUUGAUUGGAAAUCUUGAAUAAAAAGGAGCAAUUUUUGCAUCAUUUCUUUAAAAGUCA